AUGGAGCACGUGAAACCCGAUACUAUUCGCGUGGAGAAUGCCCAAGAAAUUAAUCUGGAGAAUGUUUUCGUCGAAGAUCCUGAACGGUCUCGACGACUUAUACGGCGGAUUGAUCUGAGACUCCUGCCACUUUGCGCUUGGAUCUAUGUUUUGAACUAUCUGGACCGGUACGGAUUGCACGAUUGGAGGUGACUGCUGCCAUUGUUGUACUGAUAUGUCGUCUUCUUAGUGCAAAUAUCGGCAAUGCAAAGGUGCUGAACCGGGAGACCGGCGACGACCUCUUACAUCAAACGAACACUACGACGACUGGCUAUGCGAUCGCCGUAUCGCUGUAAGUGUCGAUUCCAGACGACAUACACACAAAGCUUGACUAACAUCAGCUACUUCCACUAGCUUCUCCUUGGCAUACGCCCUAUUCGAAGUCCCUUCGAACCUGAUCAUGAAACGCUACGUCCGACCCUCGCUUUGGUUAGCAACGCUCCUUGGAUCCUGGGGCAUUUUCACCAUUGGCUUCUCUGGCGUGCAAACAUAUGCCCAAGUCGUCAUCCUACGCUUCUUCAUCGGAGUGUUCGAAGCAGGCUUCUUUCCUGGAAUUGUCUAUAUCACAUGUUUCUGGUAUCCUGUCGAACAACGCUCUGUGAGAAUCGCAUUCGUGCUGGCUUCUGCUACUGCUGCUGGAGCUUUUGGCGGCUGCAUUGCGUACGGAGUCGGAUAUUUGAAUGGAAGAGCCGGGGUCGAAGGUUUUAGAUGGCUGUUCAUCAUUGAGGGUUCUGUUACGGUAGUCUGUGUCUUACUGGUGGUUCUCGUUCUACCGGAUUAUCCGGCGAGAGCGAGAUUCCUCAACGACGAAGACAAGAAAUAUAUCGAGGAUCGGAUUGCCGUCAAUGGAGGUGGAUAUACCAAGCGGAGUGCUUCGAGGAAGGAAAUUUUCGCGACGGCUCUGCAUCCUAGGAUGUUGGCCCAUUACUUUACAUAUGUGAGUAACACUAUCUCGGGAUGAGUCGCAAACGGGUACUGACCAUCUGUCUCCAGCUGACUAACUGCGUGCCGCUUGGUAGCCUAACAUUCUUCACUCCCACCAUUGUGAACGGCCUGGGCUACAAAUCCAUCGAAGCACAAAUCAUGACCGUCCCUCCAUGGGUCGUGGGAUACUUCGCGUGUCUCUUCCUCGGCUGGUCCGCCGACCGCUGCAACGCACGAGGAUGGCACAUCGCGGCUUCCAGCAUCAUCGGCGGAGCAGGUUGGCUCACAGCAGGCCUCCUACCCGCAGACGCCUACACCGCCCGCUAUGGCUGUCUCUUCCUCUGCGCCUGUGGAGCUUUCCCAUCCUCUGGUCCCCUCAGCGCCUGGGUCACCUGUAACGUUCCGGCUAUCGCUUGCUUGGGAUUGGCAACGGCGCUGAAUAAUAGCUCUUCGGGCGUGAGUCAGGUUAUCAGCCAGUGGAUUUGGCGCCCUGAUGAGGCGGGCUCGGGCUAUCCGACUGGGAACCUUGUCUGUGCGGCGUGCAGCUUUUUCACGGCUGCCAUGGCUAUCGGUAUGAGGAUCAAUUAUGGCAGAAUGAAUAAAAGGCGAGCUUUGGAUGCCUCUGGGAAUGAGAGGGUCUGGUCGCUAUAG